AGGGCGGCUUGACGAAGAUUUUCUUUGCCUACGUGACUGAUCCGGUCGGCUGCACAAAAUGGGGCUUCGCAAGUUAAGCAUAGCCAAUGUUGACCUCAAAGGUAAACGGGUACUUAUGCGAGUCGAUUUUAAUGUUCCAAUGAAAGAUGGCAAGGUGACGAACACCCAAAGAAUUGUCGCUGCACUCCCAACCAUCCAAUACGCCCUUGAGAAGGGAGCCAAAAGUGUCGUCCUAAUGUCCCAUCUUGGGCGUCCGGAUGGCAACAAGGUCGACAAAUAUUCCCUCAAACCGGUGGCAGAAGAAGUGUCCAAGCUCCUUGGGAAACCAGUGAAAUUCUUACCUGAUUGUGUCGGCCCAGAAACCACAGAAGCAUGUGCCAAUCCUCCUGCAGGAUCCGUGUUCCUAUUAGAAAAUCUACGUUUCCAUGUUGAGGAGGAAGGGAAAGGUGUUUCCCCCACUGGAGAAAAGAUCAAAGCCACUCCUGAGCAAGUCAAGGCCUUCAGUGAAAGCUUGACCAAGUUGGGUGACGUUUACGUAAACGAUGCAUUUGGUACAGCCCACAGAGCUCACGCUUCCAUGGUUGGCUGCAAACUUCCGCAAAGGGCAUGUGGAUUUCUCAUGGACAAGGAAUUGACCUACUUUGCCAAAGCUCUGGAUCAGCCUCAGCGUCCUUUCUUGGCGAUCAUUGGUGGAGCUAAAGUCAGUGACAAAAUUCAACUGAUCAAGAACAUGUUGGACAAGGUGGAUGAACUGAUUAUAACCGGAGGCAUGGCUUUCACUUUCCUCAAAAAACUCCACAAUAUGAAGAUUGGAAAGAGCCUUUACGAUGAACCCGGGGCUGCCAUUGUCGACGAAGUGAUGCAGUUGGCUAAAUCCAAGAACGUUAAGAUUCAUCUACCUGUUGAUUUCAUAACCGGAGACAAGUUUGCGGAGGAUGCCAAUACUGGCACCGCCACGGUCGAGUCGGGCAUACCGGACACGCAUAUGGGCUUGGAUUGUGGUCCGAAAACCAUGGAGGAGUUCUGCAAGGUAAUUAGUCGAGCCAAAACCAUUGUUUGGAAUGGUCCGAUGGGUGUAUUCGAAAUGGAGAAGUUUGCUGGUGGUACGAAAGCAGCAAUGGAUGCAGUGGUGGCUGCAACAACCAAAGGUUGUACGACAAUUAUUGGUGGUGGUGACACAGCCACUUGCUGUGCAAAGUGGAAAACAGAAGACAAGGUCAGUCACGUGAGCACUGGAGGAGGGGCUAGCUUGGAGCUGCUUGAAGGCAAGCAACUACCGGGUAUUCUCGCGCUGAGUGACGCAUAAUCAUCACAGUUAUUGGGGCUAAUGACUGGCAUCUAGUCACAAUUGUACCGUAGCGUUUCCCUGUUACUUAUGUUAUUGUCUUUAUUUGCACCGAAACAUGCUUCUUCGUUCGUUAAUGUCUGAUUUGGAGUGAGAACCAAAAGCCUCAUCGAACU